AUGGCGAGGACAUGUACGGAAGAGGAAACGUCCCUUUUGAUCUCUCAUCGCGAUCAAGAAGAAGAAGAAUACGACGAAGAAGAAGAAGAAGAAGAAGAAGAAGAAGUGUUGUCUCUGUGUGAUUUGCCGGUGAAUUUACCUAAUGAGAAAGUUCAGUUUACGAAACAGUCCAAGGAAGAAGAAGAGAAAUUGGAUUCCGGGUUCGAAUUUGAAAUCGGGUCAUCGUUUCGGCUCGGGUCGGAUACGUGUGAACCGGCUCCGGAGAUGAGUACGGCGGACGAAUUGUUCUCCAAAGGCCGAAUUCUGCCGCUCCGCCACUCCGUCAGUUUAGACGCCGAAUCGGCUGAAUUCCGGCGAACGGUAAGUAGAUCGGACCGGAAAAUGAAAAACAAUUUCAUGGAUUACAGCCAACCUAGUCCACAACCACAGAUCAGAAGAUCAUCGAGCAUGACGGCUCGUGUGAAUUCAAUCAGAAACCCGAAAUCGUCUUCGAUUUGGGAUUUUCUCCGGCUUGGUCUCGUCCGUACACCGGAGAUCGAGCUCCGAACCGCCGGAAACGCUAGAUUGUCAGUGAGUCGGAACAGUAGCUGCAGUAGCACAAGCACGGGUUCGAAUUCGAAGAGAAUAGGAUCGGGAGAGUCGAGAUCGAGGAAUCGGAGAAGAAGUUUUCUGUUCUCGGAUUGUAAGUGUUCGGUUGCGACGGAGACGAUUGUACCUGUGAAAAUGAAUGUCGCCGGUGUGACGGUGGAGAAACAGAGAAUGGUGGAGAAGAAGAAAACGGCGAAGAAAGAGGAGAAAACGGCGAUUGCGCGGAAAAGAACGUUUGAGUGGUUAAAAGAGUUAUCACACGUCGGAUCUGUGGUUGAUCAUGGAAGACGAAGCUUGGCUUCAUGA